UUCAUUACAGUUUUUUAUCUUCCAAACACCAGCUAAUUAAAAAUACUAAGCCAAGCUUCGAAAGGCGAGGAGGGAAGAAGGAAAUGUGAAAGAUGAACCAGCGUUGGCUGAAACAUUUUUCGAGGGUAGGAGGGAGGACCAAACAAAAUCUCUGUUCUAAAAAUAAUGACAUAUAUUUUAUCUCUUUGGAUUCUUAAUUACCGAAUGGCUCAUUCUAUGAGCUGCUUGUUUUAAAACUACCUCUCCCCUCCAGGAACUUGUAUUUAAUUGAGAAACCUAUUCCCCCCAAAACUUUAAAUCAUUUCCUCUGCUUAGGAAUAUUUGCUUCAUUUUCAUACUCUCUUUUUUCAACACUCCAUCAUGUUUUGAUAACUGGUUCAUCAGACCCUGAUUUUAUUCCCUCCCUCUUCUCCCUUCCAUUCCCCCCCCCCUCAAGUUAGUUCAAGAAGUCAGAUCUAUGAGCUCGGGAGGGGGAAAAAAAACCCCACUUCCCAACUAACAGGCGGAAUCCAGCCCAGAUUUUCAGUCCUUUCUCCCCCCCCUUCACUAAUUUUCCUCGAUGUUAGCACAUUCUGCCUUGUAACAACCGGACGCCUGUAGGUUUGUUUCAUGGAAUCAUUACUUACUGAUCAGGAUGGCUACAGAAGCUGAAACUGAAGACUGGAUGUGAAGUUGCGGAAAACAUUUUGCAAUUUUUAUUUCUUUAUUACAAUCACAUCUUGGUGCUUGUUCAAGGAAAGAAGAAAAAAAAAUUUAUUUUUUUUUUUGGGGUGCUUGUGGCUUCUGGUGUUUUGAAUGUGAAAUACUAUCUUCCAGCCUGUGAAGUUGUGAGGAACAAAAUACUUAAGAAGGAAAACCAUAUUUUUUUUUCAAAAAAAAAAAAAAGGUGGGAGGAAAGAAUCUCUUUCGUGUGCCAAAAAGGAAGGAAAUAUGUUUCUUGACGAUUACUCUGCCCGAAAUGUUAGUUGGUUUUUACUUCUUGAUUACUUACUCUUUAAGUAAAAUGAAGUGGGAUAUUGAGUUCUUGCUGAGACCAGCAAGAACAGAAUUUUGAUUCUCUGGCUUAAAUUUAAAAAAUGAUAAAGGAUUAAAGGAAAAGGUGGACCUGGACUUCAGGGUAUAUACCCAGAUAUACCUGGGGGAGGAAAGCAAGAAGAGUUACACUUUAAAAAGCCCCACGGAGAUAAACGAAUGUCCCCUCAUCUACAAAGGAAAGUUCGUCUGAUUUUUACUCAAGAGUUCUCAUCUUCAGGAUGUCAUUGAACACUUCCACUGCUGGCAAAGGUGUGGAUCCAAACACAGUUGAUACCUACGACAGUGGUGAUGACUGGGAAAUUGGGGUUGGGAAUUUAAUAAUUGAUUUGGAUGCAGAUUUGGAGAAAGACAGACAAAAGUUUGAGAUGAAUAAUUCCACCAAUUCCAAGGAUUGUGGGAGUCUUGCUUCUAGUGGAGUUAAUCCUACCUCAGCCUUAGCUGAUGGCCUAAAAUUUUCUUCUGUUCAGCCCCCUGCUUCUCAGGGGAAUUCCUCACACAAAGAAACUAGCAAAUCAAAAAUGAAAAGGAGUAAAACUUCGAAGGAUGCUAGUAAAUCUCUGCCUUCUGCUGCCUUGUAUGGAAUUCCUGAAAUCAGCAGUGCUGGCAAGAGGCAGGAAGUCCAAGGGCGCCCAAGCGAGGCAGGUGGCAUGAAUUCAGCACUGGGUCAAAGUAUGAGCAGCAGCCCAAAUAGCAAUAAUAGUACCACCAGCAUCAAUAACAACACUCUUGCCUCUUGUGGGAAAAAUAAAGAGGAGAAAACAGGUAAAACACAAGCCAGCAGAGGCUCCAAGCGGGAUAAAGAUGGAGGGAAAUCCAGGAAAGACAGACAACUUGAUCUACAGCAAGGACCCUCAAAUAACUCUAGCCAAACUGCUCCUGGGCACUUGUAUAGUUUUGGGGCCAAGGGAGGUUGUGCUGGGAGCAACAUCCCUUUCAAUUGUACCUCCUCCACAGCUGGGGAUACGAACAAAAGUGCUCCAGAUUCAGGGUUAAUGGGGAACUCUAUUUUGAUAAAGAAAGAAGAAGAAGAGGAGGAAAGCCACAGGAGAAUAAAAAAGCUGAAAACAGAAAAGGUUGACCCCCUCUUUACAGUGCCUGCACCUCCGCCUCCUAUUUCUAGUAAUCUGACAGCUCAGAUUCUACCUUCCUAUUUUUCACCAUCUUCAUCCAACAUUGCAGCCCCGGUGGAGCAACUUUUGGUACGGACUCGUUCAGUGGGUGUGAAUACUUGUGAUGUUGGAAUAGUAACAGAACCUGAAUGCCUUGGACCAUGUGAACCUGGAACCAGUGUAAAUUUGGAAGGGAUUGUAUGGCAUGAAACUGAAGAAGGUGUCCUUGUUGUUAAUGUUACUUGGAGGAAUAAAACCUAUGUUGGAACGUUGCUUGAUUGCACAAAACACGAUUGGGCUCCUCCCAGGUUUUGUGAAUCCCCAACAAGUGACCUGGAAAUGCGAGGAGGUCGGGGCAGAGGAAAGCGAGCAAGAUCUGCAGCAGCUACAGCCACACCUGGAACUGACAUUACCUUUACAGAGUCCAGAGGACUACAGAACAAGAACAGAGGUGGUGCCAAUGGAAAAGGAAGACGGGGCAGCCUUAAUUCUAGUGGCCGCAGGACGCCCCCCAACUGUGCCAUGGAGGAUAUGAAAGUCAGCCCUUUGUCUAAUAACAAGAGGAAAAACAAGCCACCCAUGGAGCUGGACUUGAAUUCCAGUUCAGAGGAUAACAAAUCUGGAAAGCGCAUGCGCACCAAUUCUAGAAGCACUCCUACCACUCCCCAAGGGAAACCAGAGACAGCUUUUUUAGACCAAGGCUGCUCUUCUCCAGUGUUGAUUGAUUGCCCCCAUCCUAACUGCAACAAAAAAUACAAGCACAUUAAUGGGUUAAGGUAUCAUCAGGCUCAUGCACAUUUAGACCCAGAAAACAAACUGGAAUUUGAGCCUGACAGUGAAGACAAAAUCUCAGACUGUGAGGAAGCACUCGGCAAUGUGGCACUUGAAUGCAGUGACCCAAGCACAAGUUUAUCACAUUUUGAUCAGCUGAAAGGGCCCCUGUCUCCUUGUUCCCUGAGUAUCCCUGGAACACCAAAGGGGAAACGGGAGCAGGCCCACAAUGGCAGGAAUUCUGGCAAAAAGAGGGGCUUGAACAGUGAACUGAAUAGUCUACCAGUUAUUUCCAAUAUGACUGUGACUCUGGAAAACUGUUCAGUGGCAGAAAACAGUUUGGCCAGUGAAAUGCCCAAGCUAGAAGCUGAAGGACUAAUAGACAAGAAAAACCUAGGAGAAAAAGACAAAGGCAAAAAAGGCAGUAACUACAAAGUAGAUAAAAAUCUGUCCAAGCUGAAAACUGCCAGACCCAUUGCCCCAGCUCCGGCUCCCACACCGCCUCAAUUAAUAGCUAUCCCCACAGCAGCCUUUACAACCACCACCACUGGGUCAAUAUCAGGAUUGCCCUCCCUGACAACCACUGUUGUGCAGGCUACACCAAAGAGCCCUCCGCUAAAACCUAUUCAACCAAAGCCCACAAUCAUGGGAGAGCCAAGCACUGUCAGUCCAGCUCUCACAUUACUCAAAGACAAAAAGAAAAAAGAGACGAGAAAACUUAAGGACAAAGAAAGCAAAGAGACUGGGAAUCCUAAAGUGGAUUUGAAGCUGGGAAAAUUAGAGGACACCAAGGGGUCUGGGAAAGAGAUUACUGGGCAUUUUUUAAAGGAACAUCUCAGCAAGAAUGAAGUGCUAGCUAACGGACUGUCAGAGUCUCAGGAGAGCAGGAUGGCAAGCAUUAAAGCUGAAGCUGAUAAAGUUUACACUUUCACAGACAAUGCCCCCAGCCCUUCGAUAGGGAGUUCCUCCAGAAUGGAAUGCAGCCCUUUAGUGAAUGGACAGUCUUCAGUGGCGCCACUGCAUGUGUUGACACAGAAUGGAGCAGAGGGUGCUGCUGCUAAAACUAACAGUCCUGCUUACUCAGAUAUCUCUGAUGCUGCAGACGAUGGUGGUUCUGACAGCAGGUCAGAGGGCAUGAGGUCAAAGGCCAGCUCUCCUUCAGAUAUUAUUUCUAAUAAAGACAGUGUUGGAAAAGGACAUUCUUCAACGCCGGUACAAUUACCCCAAGUAAAAGAAGCUCAUUCUCCUUAUUACCAUGGCUACGAUCCUUAUUAUUCUCCAAGCUACAUGCACUCUGGACAGGUCAGCACCCCCGCAGCUGGGAACAGCAGCAAUAACCCCCAGGGAAUGAAGAUCAAAAAGGAGGUGGAGGAAGAGGCUGAGAAAAAAGAUAAGGCAGAGCCUCCAGAAUCCAAAAAAAGUGAAGCUGGUGCCACUAAUUUGCAGCCUCAACACCAGUCUGUAAUAACUCAGAGGCAUCCUGCACUUGCCCAGUCACUUUACUAUGGCCAGUAUGCUUAUGGGCUUUAUAUGGACCAAAAAUCCUUAAUGGCCUCUAAUCCUGCUUAUAGGCAGCAGUAUGAAAAAUACUAUGAGGACCAGAGAUUAGCAGAACAGAAAGUGACUCAAACUGGUAGAGAAUGUGAAAGGAAAAACGAGCUCCAGCUGAAAGACCUGGGAAAAGAUGACAAGUUGAAAAAUAUACCCUCUGCUACAAUCUCAAAAGCACCUUCAGCUUCAGAGACCAAUAAAAACAACAUUAAAUUAGGAUCAUCAGUCCCUAAUAAAACUGAGGAAACAAGUAAAUCUCAGAUGCUUUCAAAUCAUCAGCAACAGAUUCAGUCCGAUAGUUUCAAAGCAAAACAAAUGGAAAACCAUCAGCUUAUAAAGGAGGCUGUGGAGAUGAAAUCUGUUAUGGAUUCUAUGAAGCAGACUGGAGUAGAUCCUACUACAAGGUUUAAACAGGAUCCAGAUACAAGAACAUGGCAUCAUUAUGUAUAUCAGCCAAAAUAUCUUGAACAGCAGAAAGUGGAAGAACUGGACCGUGAAAAAAAGUUAAAAGAAGAUAGCCCCAGAAAAACACCUAAUAAAGAAGCUUCUUUCUCUAGCCUUCCAGUUUCAUUAAACAGCAUUAAAGAAGAACCUAAGGAGAUGAAGCGUUCUGAGUCUCAGCCACUGGAGGAGAACAAGAUAAAAAAUGAUGAUCAAAAGACUCCUGUAAACUGGAAGGAAUCUCGGGGUACUAGAGUGGCUGUUUCCUCUCCAAUGACUCAGCAUCAGUCAUAUAUACAGUACUUGCAUGCUUACCCUUACCCACAAAUGUAUGAUCCUAAUCAUCCUGCAUACCGCGCUGUUUCUCCUGUUCUCAUGCAUAGUUAUCCAGGUGCCUAUCUCUCACCAGGAUUUCAUUAUCCUGUUUACGGAAAGAUGUCUGGGAGAGAAGAGGUGGAAAAAGUCAAUACCAGCCCUAGCAUCAGCGUAAAAUCAACCACUGAAUCUAAAGCACUGGAUUUGUUGCAACAGCAUGCCAACCAGUAUCGUAGCAAGUCGCCUGUGCCUGUGGAAAAAUCUACAGCUGAACGUGAGAGAGAAGCAGAAAGGGAACGAGAUCGUCAUUCCCCCUUUAGUCAACGGCAUCUUCAUACACAUCACCAUACACAUGUUGGAAUGGGCUACCCGCUAAUUCCAGGUCAAUAUGACCCAUUUCAAGAGAAUGAUAAAUCUGGACAUGUACAUCAUCAUGUGACUGGAUCACAUGAAAAUAAGCGCUUUAUUACAGACAUCAGUUCCAUGGUGUUAAUUUGAAAUGCCUUAAUGGCAGGCAAAAACCAGUCAUUUCAUUUUUGUAAAUUUCAGAUUUUUAUCUCAGAGUAACAAAUGUUGCUGUAUUUAGACUUAUGUUUGUGUGUGUGUGUAUACACACACAUAUAUAUACACACACAUAUACACACACACACAUAUAUAUAUGUAUGUGUAUGUGUGUAUAUAUAUAUAUAUAUAUAUAUAUAUAUAUAUAUAUAUAUAUAUACGCAUAUAUAUUCUUUACUUUUUUGUAUCUAUAAUUAGGCUCAUACAAAGAGUCUAAUACUAAAUUGUAAACCACACAAGUAAAUGAAAAAAAGUGUAUUUGUCUUGUUUAGAAAGCGUUAUCUACAAAAAGUUGGUUGUUCCUUUUUUUCUUCCUUUUUUCCUUUUUAAAAAUUGUAAAUAACUAAUGUUAUGUAUCUGUGUGCCUGAAACUUGCAUACUCUUCUAAUAUUGCCCACAACCUCAAUAGAGGCUAACUGUGAUAAUGACGAUGACACUUUGGUACAAUUUAGAUGUCCAUUUGGUGGCUCCUAUUAAGAUGCAUCAGUAUAAAACGUUACUGUAUUAACUGUUUCAUUGUAAUUGUGUAUUGUGAAAAAUAUACAUUUGGAAGGCAUGGGCUUGCCAGUACCACAAAAACUGUGUUGUACAUAAUGUAUAGAUUUUAAAAUGGGAAAAUAAUGAGCAUCUGUGAAUAAUGAAAUGUCUUUUUUUAUAAUCUUGAAUGGCAAAUAACCCAAUAGCCUGCAUACCAGAAGACGUCUGUGAUUGUUCUAUUACUUGAAUAGUCCUGCAGUCUUUUUUUUAAUGUUUACAAUUAUCCCGUUUUAGAAGAGAGACUUUAAUGCCAUUGCCUCGUUACUUGUUUUAUGCUGUAAUCUAGUUUAUUUUAUGUAAGAUGUAUAUUGAAUGCUUUCAUUUUUAUACUUGCCUUAAAUAAUUUGGCAAUCAGAAUUAAAAAAAAAUGCUGUUUUUUGUA